CGCAACCCUUGUUCCUCAGAAACCGAGCUGCACUGAUGCUGCAGAGAUUUCUGGGUCAUUGUUCAACAGUAUGACAACACUAAGCCAAAUCCUUCCCCAUCAUCGUGUUUUCAUCGUCGCGGGAGCAGGAAGGGAGGGAGGGCUGACUACGAAGCAAGUCGGGGGAGAGACGAGCAGCGCAUGGGGCCUAGUCGACACAUUUUUUUCAUGAGAAGAAACUGCUCCGCUAACACACCCAUUUGGUUUCUCUAACCAACUCCGGCCCGGGCCUCAGUCCGCGGUCUCGAGUUUGAUAGAGGGCUGCUAAAGACGAAAGCACUUCGGCCUGCCGCUGCCAACUAGGCCCUUGUGCACAAACCACCAUAAUGGGAGACAGCAGAGAUUCUCACAGUCCAGACAGUUCGUCUGUGUCUUCUCCUCCCUCGGGCCAACGCUCACCCCCACUGGUUCCGUCAGCAGCUUCCAUGACCUCCCUGCCACCCAUCACCACUGCUGGAGUCAACAGCCCUAUCAGUAGCAUCGGCUCUCCAUUUUCUGUUAUUAGCUCAUCACUGGACUCACCCUGCCUACCUGGCACCCCGUCAGUGGGAUAUGGCCCAAUUAGCAGCCCUCAGAUCAACUCAACAGUCACCAUGUCAGGGCUCCAUGCCGUGAGUAGCUCUGAUGAUGUGAAACCUCCACUGGGCUUGAAACAUCUGUCUGCCCACAGUCCAGGGCCGAUGAUGUCCCAGAAACGCCUUUGUUCCAUCUGUGGAGAUAGAUCCUCUGGUAAGCAUUAUGGUGUCUACAGCUGUGAGGGGUGUAAAGGCUUCUUCAAGAGAACAGUGCGCAAGGACCUAACCUACACUUGCCGAGACAAUAAAGACUGUAUAGUGGACAAGAGACAGAGGAACCGCUGCCAGUACUGCCGCUAUCAGAAGUGCCUGGCCAUGGGCAUGAAGAGAGAAGUGGCCAAGAUGAACGACAGAUCUGUCCAAGAGGAGCGACAGAGGAACAAGGAGCGAGAAGGCGAGGUCGAGUCCUCCAGUGUGGUGAACGAGGAGAUGCCAGUAGAGAAGAUUUUGGAAGCUGAGAUGGCUGUGGAGCAAAAGACGGAGCUUCAUUCAGAUGGAAGCUCAGGUGGAAGCUCUCCCAAUGAUCCAGUCACCAACAUCUGUCAGGCAGCAGACAAGCAGCUCUUCACCCUGGUGGAGUGGGCCAAGAGGAUCCCCCACUUUUCUGAGCUGCCCCUGGAUGAUCAAGUCAUCUUGCUGCGUGCAGGCUGGAACGAGCUGCUGAUUGCAUCAUUCUCCCAUCGCUCCAUCUCGGUGAAGGACGGGAUUUUACUGGCCACGGGUCUCCAUGUCCACAGAAACAGCGCCCACAGUGCAGGGGUCGGCGCCAUCUUUGACAGGGCGAACAAUGCUGAGGUUGGGGCCAUAUUUGACAGAGUUUUGACCGAGCUUGUAAGCAAAAUGAGGGACAUGCAAAUGGACAAGACGGAGCUGGGCUGCCUUCGUGCUAUUAUUCUUUUUAACCCAGAUGCCAAGGGUUUGUCCAACUCCAGUGAGGUGGAGCUUCUGAGAGAGAGGGUUUAUGCAUCUCUUGAAUCUUACUGCAAACAGAAAUACCCCGACCAGCAGGGCAGGUUUGCAAAGCUCCUCCUUCGACUCCCAGCACUGCGCUCCAUCGGUCUGAAGUGCCUGGAGCAUUUGUUCUUCUUUAAACUGAUUGGUGACACACCUAUUGACACCUUUCUGAUGGAGAUGCUUGAGGCGCCUCACCAGCUGACUUAGGGAGCCACGGUCAGAUUGGUCAGGAUCCGACGCACACCAGGAUCAUCAACACGGCCUUCUGUGCUUUGUCGCUGCUUCCUCUUGUUGGGUUUUGCUUAACUCCAGCACCUGCUGGUUUUGUUGUACCAGCUCUUACACACACACACACACACACACACACACACACACAUGUUCCCUGUCACCAGGCUUAACUGUAUUUUCACAAUCAUUCAUGGACGCAUUUACACACACACAGAUCCCUGAAAAUUGUGUACAUUAAUUGAGGUAAAAUCUAAAUGAUACUCAGAUAAAAUUUCUAACAUUUUCUAAUACACUUUCACUCAUGCACACACACACACACACAUGCAUUUUCACCAUUCUUUACUGUUUCCCUGCACAGGGGUAUUCACUCAAGAAGUAUAGUUUUAUCUGACGCGUACAGUAAAUGUCUUAAGUGAAAUUUCAAAUGUUCACAUCUUCACCUCAUGAGGGGUCUUUGCUUCUGCAUAAAAGGCAUUUUUCUUUUCUUUUACUUUAGUUACAGUUAUUGCUACUUGCACCUCUGUAUAUUAUAUUCAUAACCAGCUGGUUUGUUAUUUAUGUUUAAUUUUAGCUUAAAAUCAGGUGCGAAGCAUUUGAAUAACCUGUCCACCAUCAAAACAAUUCUACUAAGGACAUGCAAACACAUUAUCUAAGUGAAUUUGUUCGAUCUUGAAAACUUAGAUUAUUUUUGCUUGUUUUUUGUUCAUGCUGAAACUUGAUUAAGUUUCUAUUUUGAAGUACUGUACUCAUGAAAUGAGAGCUUUUCCUAAGGCAUUGAAAUCCGGGAAAAAAGGGGUCUGGGAGUGCUUUGUUAAACAAACUGAGGCCCUUCCACCCUGAUGCGCACAGCGGGCUUUGUAAGACAAGAAGAAUGACUUGAAUUUUUUUUUUUUUAAGGUUCAGAUUUUAUCUCUACUUUGGCAGAUGUUUCGACAUUUUAAACUGCCUGAAGCUUACAGGAAGAAAAGCUUCAUGCAAGGAAAAAGUAUUUGUUUCACUUUUUUCUUUUGUUUCCCCAAAUCCUCCCGUACUGGUGGUCAUUGAUGCACUUUUGUGAGUUGUAACUGUGUAAAUGUUCCUGUUUUUAAAAAAUGACCAUCUUUUCCCAGACACUUAAGUUGAACUUGAAGGUACUAAGUGUAGGGUUUUCUUAUUAUUGCAUCAUUUUAAAAUCCUAUGACUUGUUGUUUAACUUGGUAAACAAUCGGUGAGUUUCUGUGCAGACGUCAGCCAUACCAGGUAUUAUUCUUAACUACCAGGUUAAACACUGUGGCUGGCAACUGUUUAAUGUCCAGCACAGCUUUUAUCCACUGGCCAUAAAAGAGGAAAUAUGUGUCUGUGUUCUCAAUAAUCAUCCGUAAAAUUGGACAGGUUGUAUCUUAGUGUGUGGCCUUCUGGUCAGUGAGCCUGUGUGAAUAAAUUUAUCUGGCAUUUGACUUUUCU